CUGUUCUUCUGAGACUGCAGCCCUCAAGAUGAAGUUCUUGCUAGCAGUUCUCUUUUUCAUUCUGUUCUCCUUAUGGAUUGAAGAAGUCUGUUCCAAAGAGAAAUCUUCAAAGAAAGGGAAGGGGAAAAAGAAGCAAUAUCUAUGCCCAUCCCAACAAUCACCUGAAGACCUUGCAAGAGUACCUGUUAAUUCUACCAGCAAUAUCUUGAACAGGCUAUUGGUCACUUAUGAUCCCAGGAUAAGACCAAAUUUCAAAGGGAUUCCAGUUGAUGUAGCGGUCAACAUUUUCAUUAACAGCUUUGGAUCAAUUCAGGAGACAACUAUGGAUUACCGAGUUAAUAUCUUCCUAAGACAGAAGUGGAAUGACCCCAGACUUAAACUGCCCAAUGACUGGAGGGGUUCUGAUACCCUAACAGUGGAUCCCACAAUGUUUAAAUGUCUCUGGAAACCAGAUCUGUUCUUUGCAAAUGAAAAGAAUGCCAACUUCCAUGACGUCACUCAAGAAAAUAUUCUUCUUUUUAUAUUUCGGGAUGGAGAUGUCCUAGUCAGCAUGAGGUUAUCUGUUACUCUGUCAUGCCCUUUGGACUUGACUUUGUUUCCUAUGGAUACACAGCGUUGCAAGAUGCAAUUGGAAAGCUUUGGUUAUACAACUGAUGAUUUACGUUUUAUUUGGCAAUCUGGAGAUCCUGUUCAGUUAGAGAAAAUUGCUUUGCCUCAGUUUGACAUUAAAAAGGAGGAUAUUGAAUAUGGUAACUGUACCAAAUAUUACAAAGGCACAGGUUAUUACACUUGUGUAGAAGUAAUCUUCACUUUAAGACGACAAGUUGGAUUUUACAUGAUGGGUGUUUAUGCUCCUACACUGCUAAUUGUUGUUCUGUCCUGGCUGUCAUUUUGGAUCAAUCCUGAUGCAAGUGCUGCAAGAGUCCCAUUGGGUAUCUUCUCAGUGCUCAGCUUGGCAUCCGAAUGUACUACUCUUGCGGCUGAACUCCCCAAAGUGUCCUACGUGAAGGCCUUAGAUGUUUGGUUGAUUGUUUGCCUCCUGUUCGGGUUUGCUUCGCUGGUUGAGUAUGCAGUGGUUCAAGUAAUGCUGAACAAUCCAAAGAAAAUUGAAGCUGAAAAAGCAAAAAUUGCCAAGGCAGAGCAAGCAGAUGGGAAAGGUGGAAAUGCAGCCAAAAAAAAUACAGUGAAUGGAACAGGCACUCCUGUCCACAUCAGCACUUUACAGGUUGGUGAGACCAGAUGCAAAAAAGUUUGCACUUCGAAAUCUGAUCUGAGAUCCAAUGAUUUCAGCAUCGUUGGAAGUUUGCCAAGGGAUUUUGAAUUAUCAAACUAUGAUUGUUAUGGAAAGCCCAUUGAAGUCAACAAUGGGCUUGGGAAAUCUCAAGCCAAGAACAACAAGAAACCUCCCCCUCCCAAACCCGUCAUUCCAUCAGCAGCAAAACGAAUUGAUCUUUAUGCAAGAGCACUGUUUCCUUUCUGCUUCCUGUUCUUCAAUGUCAUAUACUGGUCUAUAUAUUUAUGAUAAAUCUUUUAUUUUUUUCAUUUGUGUAAUAUAUAUCCCAUUUCAUUACUCUCUUUCCUAGUCAUGAAGGCCACUCUGUGAAAUUAUUUGCAUUUGCAAAACAAUAUAUUGCAUUUUAGAUGCCAUGUGAUUGUACUGAAAAUACGGCAUCUUAACUUUGAAUGACAGCAUGACACUGCAAUGUCUGUGCUCUGCCGAAUCGUUGUAUAUAACUGUACAGCAUACAUCCUGCUUUAGGAAUAUAUGAAAGGCAAUGCAUUCAUUAUAAAGCCAGAUAAUUCUCUUCAGUUAUUAGUACCAUACAAAGAUUUAAAGUGUUUCUGAUAAUGAAAUUGAUGUGCACGUUGAGUAUUAUUAAAAUCAGUAUUAUAAUAUAUGUAGUAUUUAAGAGCUCUUCUCAUGGCUUUUGGGAAAAAAAAAAAAUCUUGUUCCUGUAUAAUUUUAGAUGGCACCGUUGAAGAACAAGCUAAGUUGUAAUUCAUAUUAUUUAAAGUUUGUAAGUGGAGGAAGUAUUGAUAAAGCUGAUCUCUUCUGUGUGGAAAAAUAAAGAACAGAGAAUGACUAGUUUUGUAAAAUCAGCUCAUUUAGAAAAAAAAAUAUGCUGCAUCCUUCAAGCUAGCAUACUUCAAAGAUGUGAAGUUAUGAUGGUAAUAAAUAUUGGGCCAAAUUUUGGCAGCCGUCACCACAGGCACAAGUUAGAAAACCUGUAGACAGAGAGGAAAUGUAAGGUAGGGUCUUCCCUGUUUCUAUAUGAUACCAAACAAAUCUAUAAACAGGUUGGUCUCCAGGCUGUAGGCCACAGGAGGUUUGGAGAAAUAUCACAGGAUAGGGCCUAAAAUUUCAGGUUGCACUGUGUAUUUUCACAUGUUCUUGUUCUCUUACUCAGUUGAAGAAACAUUUCCAUGCCUGUGAUACAGAAGAAUCAUAAUUUAUUUUUCAUCUGAUCUGGUGUGUCUGUGUUUGCAGACACUGAAGUUCAAAACUCUUGAGUUUAAAUGAACCAGUUGUUUCCAUAGUUAAUUCUCACCUUGACUCAUACUCAAGGUUUGCAUUUGCAUUUGGCCAAGCUUGUGCAUGUUAGCACAGCUGACCAAAAAUAUGAUCUAAGAGUCAUAAUGAAGGGGAAAAUUGUUUGAAGGACAAAGAGACUGCAGCCCAUAAAAAAAGUCAAGAUUUCCUGUCUGGAGGCCAAAGAGGUAGUUGUAAUGUCUGCCUUCACCAGCCCAUUUAUACUGCUGCUUCCUUUUGGAAACAAAAUCCUAUCUGUAAUAAGGGUGUGACAGACUGGAGGUCUGGUGAGAGACUGCCUUUGCUCCCUAGACCCAGUCACUUGACAUGGUUAGGAUUAUAAAAAUAUAAUAGUCAAAUAUGUAGUGUAAGGAUCAGUACCCAUGGAUUUCUGUGGCCACUACGACACUGCCCUUUGUGAAGUGAUAGCAGAGACCAUGGACAGGUGUCACAUUUGUGCCAGGAGGAAUGCCCUUCUUCCAACACUAAAAGAGUGUACAGCUGUUCAAGUUUCUUUGUGGAGGAUAAUGGGCUCUUCCAUGAAAGCAUGAGAGCACUUCCCAUCCUCUGUCAGGGAUCCAGGGCCCCAGGUUGCCCACAGUGAUGAGGAGGCAGCUACAGGCUGGAAUACCUAUAUGCUCCCCCUCUCUCCAGGUUUUCCAGCCCUGCAAAUUUCGCAGAUUUGCUCUUCCUAGCCUGAGUAGCUACCUUCACAUAAUACACAGGGACUUUCCUAAGGUCGGAGUACCGUUUCAUUGGGUUGAGACAAACACAUUUCCUUUUAUGUAACUAGGGUAUGGUUGUUAGUCAAAAUAUUAAAUGGAGACAGCUCCCACUACUGGGUGCCAUACAAAAAUUAAUCUGUGAUCAAUCUUCUGUACAAGGUAAAAAUAGGAAUUUGAGGGGGGGGGAAAUAACUGGAUAUUCAAACUAAAUCUAUGGCAGUCCCUUUUCAAGGAGAAACAAGUCAAAUAACCUUUGUUGAGACAAAUGUCUUUUUCAUGCGGGACGUGUCUGAAACCUGUGGGACAGUCUGGACCAUGGGAGAAAUCUCACAUGGCAUCUUGUAAUUUGGAAUGCAGUUUUUGUCCCAAAUUUCAAUUCAAUCUGGAGCCUAGAUACUGCACAGAAAGAGCAAAAAGAAAGUUCACAAAUUCUUCAUUUGGCCUUUCAUGCACACACACACACACACACACACACAGUGUGUGCCAGUGGUGAUAGCUGCUUGCGCACGCACACACACAAGCUCUUCCAGUUUCAAAUCAAAGGUUUACUCUUCUGAUUAGCAAUUCACUUGGUGUCUCCUUGAGACCUAUACACUGUCUGAGCACACAAGAAUUAAAUUAUUUUUGGAUAGUCUUAGGUCUUCUGUCAAAAGUUCUAAUUGAUUGCUCUUAAAUUACAAAUCACAAUACGUAUAGUAGAUUAUUGGUAAUUUUUUUAGGAACAAUCUAUAAAAGGUCUAAAAAGUUCUGUCAUUAAGGAUAUGGAUAUUCAAUUAUCCUCUGUCUCCCUUGUCUGUAGUUUCCAAGGGUCUGUUUACAUAGGCAACCAGAAUUUAGCUUCAAAGGGAAAGCCAAAUAUUGCUGGACACUUUGGUACUUAAAACCUUGACUGGGGGGGG